UGGCGUCAAUUUAAGGUGCCGGUAUUGGACUAAUGGUGGAAAGAUGCCAAAAUAUCAGAGAAGAGAUGUAAUUUCCUCCUAAAACAAAUUGUACCUUCGCCUGUAACAAUAUUAGCAGAAGGUGUCGUUAAUGAACAGUGUGGAGUAGAGUGUGUCUGUGUGUGAUGGUGUGGCUGUGUAUCGCUGUGUUGGACUUCAUUAAUUAGGCUUUUGCUGCGAGCCGAUCCUCUGAAAUUGUUCCUUGGAUUCCUUCGAUGGCUGUCACUCGGACCCUCUUCUGCUGUAAUGAUUUGUGUAGGAAUAGUGACUUAGUGAGGGCAGCAGCGUCCCCCUCACUUUUUGACGUCAUGCCGCCACGUGAUCCUCAUAUUCAACUUCCUUGGUACCGUACAAGUACAUUACAUACAAUACAUUGAAAAAUAAAUAAAAAUGAAUAUGGCUGAGAAAAACUUGUGGAGCCAUAUGAAAAUUUACCACCUAGAAAUAUGCUAGGUAAUUUAGUGACAAAUAAUCACUAGGACAAAACAUAAAGAUAGAUAAAACAAAAUAAAUAAAUAAUGUCGACAAAAUAGGAACGUAGCCGAAUCACACAUGGCGGUCCGAAGGAAGGUUCAAAUACGUCCCUGCUUGAAAUCUGACUCAAACACCCAAAUUCACCAUGGACGCGGCGCCUAGACCAAAAUUACACGUAGAAAUAAGAAAAUGCAGGUCAAGCCAGUGGUCGACGCACAGAGUGGUGGAGGCAGUACAGCAGCACCUGGACACCCUGCGCUCCAUCUCCACUGACAGUCUGCUCUCGGACCUCCCCAUUGACCUGUGUGCCCAUGUGGAAAGGGUCAGGGUGUGUGAGGUUGAAGGUCAUCCAGAGAGAAAGCAUGUGGAGCCCAGUACAGUGCAGCCACAGUGUCACAUAUACACAGUGGAAACGUUUGGCCCCAGCACAGAGGAACUUGGUGUUGGGAUGGACACAGGAGAGGGUGACAGCUGCUCCAUCCCAGCCGCCACUCACUGGGUCCUUCCUGCUGUAGAAUUUGAGGGGAUGUGGGAGGCACUGGUCUAUGAUUCAAUGAUUAAGGAGCAGCUAAUGAAAUAUGUGGAGGCGUCGCUGGUGUUCUCAGACCGUGGCACUGACCGAGUGGUGGUGCCGUGGAACAAGGUGGUGCUGCUCCAUGGUCCCCCGGCACUGGGCAAGACAUCGUUGUGCAAGGCUCUGGCGCAGAAGUUAAGUGUUCGCCUGGACAGUCGCUACAAAUAUGCACAGUUGGUGGAAAUCAACUCUCACUCUCUCUUCUCUAAGUGGUUCUCGGAGAGUGGCAAGCUGGUGCAGAAGAUGUUUGGUAAGAUAGUGGAGUUGAUAGAGGACCCGGCAGCGUUGGUGGUGGUGCUGAUCGACGAGGUGGAGAGCUUAGCCAGGGCACGACAGAGCUCCAUGAGUGGCGCCGAUCCCAGUGACGCUGUGCGGGUGGUGAACGCUGUACUGACGCAGCUUGAUUACAUUAAUAGAUUCCCAAACGUGGUCAUCUUCACCACUUCAAACAUCUCUGGCACACUGGACCUUGCCUUUGUGGACCGCGCUGACAUCAAGGAGUACAUUGGCUUCCCCUCCAGGGCUGCCGUAUACAUGAUCUACCUCUCCUGUGUGGCUGAGCUGCAGAGGACAGGGAUACUGGCAGACUCGGAGACACUGUUCUCUUACCGGGAGCUUGAGACGAUGAACAUGAUAGUGAAUGAAGCCACCAAGCUGUCCAUGAAGCUGCUGGAAAUUGCCGGGAAAAGCGAGGGAUUAAGUGGAAGAACGCUCCGUAAACUGACCUUCCUUGCCUAUGCCAUCCACUGCCCCUGCCCGGCCCUCCACCUGCCCCUCCACCAGUACCUCCAUGCCCUCCACUCUGCUGUCGACAAGCACCACCGGGACUUGGACACCUUAGGAGGAACUAAAUAGGUGGAGGAGGAGGAGGAAUGGA